AUGACAUCUAACAUUAGCAACGCAGCUAACGAGCAAUCAUCACACGUCAAUGUAAGCAGCAGCGAACCUAUAACCAUUUCCGAAUAUUCAGUUGAAAAAACGAUAGGACCAACAGGGUCCACGAUGAAAUAUGAAGUCAUAACAAACAAAGGGAUUAUCCAAGAUGCUGAAAGAACUGAAGUCAGUGGACCGCAGAUUAACAACAGCAAGCAGAUUAAUAAUAUUCCCAUAGUCGCUGUCGAAGAUGAUGAGACCGAACCAAGUCGUGAGGUGGCAACAGUGAAUCCCACGACUACAGCAAUCGUUCCUAGUCAACCACAAAUCCCGCUGAGGGGAAUAGAUUUUGUGCCUAUUCCUAUGCAACAAGUGGUUUCAUUGACAUUUCCUAUGGAUCCAUAUAGUUUCGAUCAUUUCAGGCAAUAUAUCGGUAGUAAGUUGUGCUAUAAUGCUGCACUUCUCGACCAAUCAAGAAUAAUCAAGACGCAAGAACGUGUCGCAUAUCGCGUUGAUAUCUGGACGCUAAUGGAAAACCGCACUCUCGAAUGGACAACAAAACCAUAUCGUGACGAAGACACACCUAAUAGAACCGUUGAAAAUCUUUUUGAAUGGGACGAUAUCUCGUUUGUUUGUCCUAGAGCUGAUGUGAAAGGAAUUGUCAAAAAAUCGUAUCCAUUAGAAGAUACGCAGACUAAAAUAGUGUGUGACUUUUGCAGAGGACAACGUGUACAAAGAUGUGCUCGAUGCUAUGGACACGGACAUUGGAUACCUCAAAAUGGUUAUAGCACACGAUGUGUAGCCUGUAAUGGUCAGGGUACACUGAAUUGUGUUCAUUGCGAUGGAUCCGGUUUUCUUCUUAAAGUGGCUACACUGAAGUUUGAAUGGGAAUCGAUCAACUCAGUAACUUGCUAUCAAAACACAGUUCUACCUGAUAAAUUGAUUCGUCUAAGACGUAAUAAACCUGUUGUGUUCGAUGGUGACAUUAAAUGGAACAGUAGUAUGGUCUUAACAAGUUUUCCAGGUUUGAUUGAAACACUUCAGGAGAAAACUCCUGGUGACCUUUCAGACAAAUUAAUUAAAGAUAUUCAAAAACAGUAUCAAACACAUUAUAUUCAAUUGAAGAAGCCCACCCAAUUCAAUAGAAUCACUAAAAUAAAAUGUUUGAUUCGACAAGUCGAUGUUAUCGAAAUAGAUUAUCGAUUAGAUGGCUACAUCAAUAAGGUUGGGCGAAAUAAAGGUGAGUACCGAUCUACAAACUAA